CAAGAGAGAACUCCUGUAUGAGCGUAAGGAAGAUCACUGACUUCUGAUAAAUGACAAGAGAGAGGAUUACAUUAGCUCCAAAGAUGCAGCACAGCUGUGGCCGCCGUUGCCUCGGCCCCCUGACCUUCCAUCCCCAAGCUGUGGGAGACAUGAUCCGUCUGAGCGAGGGUCUGCGAUGUGCGGAGAGAACUGAAGAAACCUUCAGAGGAGGCGUCGUGUUCAGCAACCGCCCUGUGAGCAUCAACGAGCGGGUCCGGGUGCUGGUGCAGAAGAAGGUGGCACACUGGAAAGGGGCGCUGCGUGUAGGCUUCACCAACGUGCCGCCAUCAGCCAGGACUUUACCUCUGCCCUGCAUGGCCAUUCCUAACCUCACCAACACCCAGGGGCACUGGGCCUGUCCUGUGCCCGAGUCCUGCUGUCAGGAAGGUUCGGUGCUGGAGUUCUGGGUCUCUCCUCGUGGCUGCUUGUGGGUGAAAUUUCACAACGACAGGAAGCGUAAGCUACUGAUCGAAGUGGACCUCAGCCUGCCUCUCUGGGCCAUGAUUGAUGUAUACGGGCAGACGUGCUCCAUCUUCCUCCUAGGUUCUGAGAAAAAGGGAACGCUUUUCAACAAAGCGUCCUGUCCUGCACCUGAACCUCCCAUCAGCCGUCCCUGCAGUAUCAACCCCGAUUAUACCGAACUCAGUGAAAACUCUGACGACAGUCUCUCCGACCUGAGCAUGGAGUUCCCCGCAGGUGACGGCUGCGUGGUGUGCAUGGUACGAGAGGCUGAAUACACACUGCCCUGUGGCCACAGAUGUCUCUGCGUUCGCUGCACCAACAGGGUCCUGGUGCAGUUCGGUACCUGCCCGCUGUGUAGAGAGGAGAUAAACAGUAACAUACAGGGUUUCCUUUAGGAUAUUUUUUUUAAACUGUGGUGGUGGGU